AUGUCUUCAGGCGCAAGCACAAGUCUGUCAGCUUCGAACGAUGUCAUUCUCUGCACAGUCUGUACCAUUCUCACCAUUCAUACUUGCCACGUUUGCGGUGGUCAUCAUGCCCGCGAUGAUGGAGAAACUCCUUUCAAGAGAAGGUCACUGAUCUGGAACACAGUGAUCCCAAACCGCCAUGCCCAUUCUGCGGCGGUCGUGGUACGGUUGGAGACUAUCGACUUCGACACUAGCCACCAAAAUACAUCCAUCUAUCCAGCAAAGCUCGACUCUGUCGAUGAUCUCAUAACACAACCCUUCUCCACAACGCUCGUUGAAAUCUCCUUCGACAUAUUUACCUUCAAUAUUGGUACACCAAGACCGUUGAUGACAACCUUUACGAGUACAUGA